UCUCCUCCUCUACAUCAAAGUUUGCCUGGUUGUAUUAUGACUAUGUGAGUUUCACACGGUGAAAGCAUCAGUGCUGAGGGAGGCAAAUAUGAUUGUGGCUGUCCUCCUGCUGUGUGCUGUGGAGCUACACAGCUCUGAUGGUGUAGACGCUCAGAGUCCAAUCUGUGUACCCACUCAAACGGUGGCGUGUUUUGUACCCGCUGACCACCAGAAUGCAUCUGGUCCCGUCAGCCUCGAGGUGCUUGUUGGUAAGGAGCUCAUGAUCGCCCUGGAUCAGUCUUCUCAAUCGUCCGUCUGCCGCUGGAUCAGAGGAUCAGAACCAGUUCUGACAGUAAACGGGAGUCGGUCUUUGGUUCAUCCGUCUCUCUCGGAGGCAGACUCUGGGGAGUACACACUGAGCUGUGAAACCAGCAGUGACACCAGCUUCUCCAUCAACGUGUCUCUUCAUGUUGUCAUGAAACGUCCCACAAAGCCAAAGCUGGCACUGGAUAAAGUUGAUGCCACAAUGACGUCCCCUGAUUUUCUCUGCAUCUCUGAGGGCCACCCAGAGCCAAACAUAACAUGGUUUGGACUCGUGAAUGGAAAGCUUGUUCCUCAAGACAGUGAAGAAGAAACAGGAAACAGAAUAUCCAGCAGUGAUUAUUACGACAGAGGAGCAAUAUGCUGUGCUACUAACGCUGAAGGACAGGAGUGCUCCCAGCUCUUUGACUAUGACUUGGAAACAGAUGGUAUGAAAACUGAUGAGGUUUCUAAUGUGACUUUGAGCCCUGGACAGCCUUUAGUGCUUCGCUGCAGAAUAUCUGAUUCUAACCCAAAAAGAGCCAUGUGGGAGAUCGGCAGCAGACGAAUGGUUGACAGUUCAUUACAGUGCUCCUCCACAGUCAAAAAUGAGAUCUGCAUAAAAAAUGACUCCCAUUACAGCAGUGUGAUGACUUAUCUGUACAUCGAGUCGGUCAGUGUGAGUCACAGCGGCACAUACACCUGCAGGAGCAGCAAAACUAAGUCUGUCUACAUUAACGUCCAGGCUGAAGGAUUCAUCGUUUCCCAGCUGGAUGAGAGAAAGAGCCUACUAGCCGAGCGAGCCUCAAAUGCCUGCCUGGAAGCCAGUGUCUCCUACCAUCCUGUGCUUCAGCAGUGUCUCUGGGAAGCUCCUGAUAAAACUCUGACUAAAUGCAAGAGAGACCAGUGGGUGACAAAACACAGGACUGUAAAGCUAUGUGGGUCUCUCAAAUCAGGAGAUUAUAAGUUACAUCUAGAGGCCGGAGAACAAAAGGAAACAAAGACUAUAUCAGUGUGCAUUGUGGAUGCUCCAAAGUUUAAAUUCACCACUGACAUGGAGAACGAUACUUUCACCGUUACAGCUGUGAGUCUUGUGCCUGCAAAUUACUCCUGGAUGUUGUGUUCUCCAGCCAAUGACAGUGAUUGUGACACAGUCUCUUCCUGGAAAAUGGUGCACUUUGGGAGCGACUCUCAUGUCUCCUGUCACAAGACAAUCAAGAGCUCUCUGAGCAGAGACAUCGUUGAUGGACACGAUUUAAAGUUUUGCCUGAACAACUCUGCUGGUUCCUGGUGCCAGACUCAACUCUCAAUACACUACCCACCUUCAGCCAGUGCCUCCAAAGGCUCUCCAAAUGUUGACAACAGCAGCUUUGUGGUGCUGAAAGUAGGCAGUGGGCUUCUUCUGCUGGCCUUAGCAGUAGUUAGCAUAAUGCUAGCAUACUAUGUCAAAAAGAAGAAACCUCAGUACCAGCCUCAGCUUCAGAUAAUCCAGGUGGUUGGACCCAACGACAAUGAUUACAUCUACAUCAACUUCAAGGACUUUGAGUACGACCAGAGGUGGGAGUUUCCCCGAGAGAACCUGGAACUAGGUAAGGAGCUUGGCUCUGGAGCUUUUGGCAUGGUGGUCCAGGCAACAGCUUACGGCAUCAGCAAGCCUGGAGUCUCUCAGCAGGUGGCCGUCAAGAUGCUUAAAGAUAAACACCAGACUGUGGAGAAGGAGGCUCUGAUGUCGGAGCUGAAGAUGCUGACUCACAUCGGUCACCAUGCUAACAUUGUUAACCUGCUGGGGGCGUGCACAGACUCAGGACCCACAUACCUGAUUUUCCAGUACUGCUGUUACGGAGACUUGCUGAACUACAUGAAGAAAAACAGAGAGCUAUACCAUAAGUCUGUGACCGAUGCUUUCAACAACGACCGUUUCAGCAGCCUUUACCACAACCUGCAGCCACAGAAGAGCAGUGAGCCUCACACCACAGUUGAUAAUUACAUGCCGAUGCACCCGUCUACCACAAGGGGGCAGGAGAACAUCGCCCUGCUCAACUUAAACAGUGCUGACACAGACUGCUUUGAAGAGGUAGAGAUUUUUGAAAAUCCAGAUGACCCAGCAGAAGACCUGCAGACUCUGACAUUUGACGACCUGCUCAGCUUUGCCUUCCAGGUGGCCAAAGGCAUGGAGUUUCUCUCCUCCAAGAAUUGUAUCCACAGAGACCUGGCAGCUCGAAACGUGUUGGUGACAAAAGACAGGCUGGUGAAAAUCGGAGACUUUGGACUGGCUCGAGACAUAGAAAACGACUCCAACUAUGUUGUGAGAGGAAACGUCCGUUUGCCGGUGAAGUGGAUGGCACCAGAGAGCACGUUUCAGGGAAUCUACACCAUGAAGAGUGACGUCUGGGCUUACGGCAUCCUGCUCUGGGAAAUCUUCUCACUCGGUGUUACUCCAUACCCAGGCAUGAAGGUGGAUCACACUUUCUACUCCAUGAUUCAGAGAGGAUUCAAGAUGGAGUGUCCAUACUACGCUGACGAGGCUGUGUAUGGGAUGAUGUGUAAGUGUUGGGCUCUGGAGCCCUGCGAUCGUCCAACUUUCUCCAAAGUGGUCUCCUUUAUGUGUGACCGGCUGAUGGACAGAGAGGAGAAGAUCUACCACAACAUGACCGAGCAGACAUCCAGCAUCUACCAGAAUGCAGCUGAUGUUUCGGACAUUUCUGCCCUGAUGAAACAGAGUGAGAACAAUACACCAUCAGCCAAUGACUACUGUCGAACACAACCAACUGGAGAGCCAACUAAAGAAGAAACUUCAGACACUGUGGCAGCCGAGGAGAAGCUUCUGAAGACGUCAGAUACACAGUAAUCAUUUAUCUGUGAUUAUACUAUUAUAACGGCAUUAAAAAUACUAUUGAGAAUAGUAAGAAAAUGGAUCCUUUGAAUUGAUUUGACAUGUGGCAUUACAAGUUGCAAUUCUACUUUUUAAAAAAGGCGGCUUUAAAGGCGACUAUUUGGUACGAGUGGUUAGUAAAAAACUGUUGCUCAAAGAAUUGCUCAGGUGUCAGAGGUUUCUGCAAAAAUAAAGCUGGAAUUUAUCAACCAAAAGAACACAAAAGAGACUAAAACACAAGAUAAUUUAAUAUAAAGCUGAAAUUACUUUUUUCCUCUCUUGGCCUGCCCUAUUUGGAGCAAACUAUUGCAGGGUUAAGGGAACCAUAGAAGUUUAUUCUCACUGAAACGGUGGCAAAACUCAAUAUAGUAACAUCUCCCUAUUUCAAAAGUAGGAAGUUAACCUCUUAUAGCCUGUUGUAUCAUAUUUGAUACAUACUUUUAUGAUACCUCUAUCUAAUCAAUGUGAUCCUAAAUUACUAAAAAUAAACUUCUGAAUACAAUCUGAUAAAUGAUAAAAAUGCCCUGAGAUGGAU